AGAUGGUAAAUAAUGCCAAAAAAAAACACGAAAAUCUCCCCCCAACCCAUGACAGCUGCGUUACUAUGUUCCCAUAUUGUAACACAUGGUGCUCUCUGCCCAUCCUCGUCAUUCAGGUGUGAGGGAAAUAAGCAACAUAGCAGGGGAGAGCAGGCAGUCGUUCCAUUUCAGGAGAGAUCACUCCCAAAGGAACCCAUGCGUAAUGCAAGCUUCAGACACCGAAGAGACUUGAGCCGUCCACAUCCGACACACAAAAUUGUCCUGGCCUGCUGGACUAGACCGAACAUUUCUACUCUCAACACAGGAGCUGCAGAUCUCGGAACCUUAUCAGCGUAUGGGUCGAUUCUGCUUUUACUCGCAGCACAGAAAGCCGGGAAGUCGGCGGAGACAGAAAUCGACAACUACUCGUCCCAGGCAGGACCUGAUGCGGUGUCUGUGAUUACCUUUUGAGCUGGCCUCUUCUCCCGCCACCGUCUAAGACUGUCAAAACGCUGUAAAUUUUUGAUAUAUUAGAAGAUUGCAACGUCGUUGGCGAGGGUCCUAAUUCUUCAAGUAGCCCGCUACUUGGAAGCACCCCCAUCACAGCUCCACGUCGGAUUGGAACCGUACGGUUGAAGUUCUUUAUAGACGGACAUUUUUCUUUCAUUUACUUUUCCCCCAUUAGCUAUCAACCUAUAUCAUGAAGAAAAGGGGGCAGAGGGAAAAUCUCACCUGCAAUUCCAUGUCAUGAAGAAGAAAGUUCCCAUUCGGUAUAUAUAUAUAUAUACCAGGAAAAAAGGCAAGGCAAAUAUAUGAACCAUAAAACAAUCCUAGAGCAUUCCAGGGAGCCAAAAUCCUCUCGGAAUUUGACGCGUUCAGCUCCCUUUGGCUGGGUUGGAAAUAGUUUAUAACUGUCGUGUGAUGAAGGUAGCAAUGGAACCUGAUAUAUCAAUUUGAUGCGAUAUAGGUUGGUCACCACCAACGAGGAGCGAACAGGUAUAAAUAGAGCAGACCGGAUGCGAUGAGGUGGCCAUUUUUUGUUCCAUCCGGUAAAACCCGUGUCCAUAAGUCAUCACGUUGUCGAGGAAGGUGAAUCUUGCUCCGGCCAUAAUCUCUCCUCCCGCUCCUACUUAGCCUUCGAGAUCCCCAGCCCCCGAGCACAAUCACGCCGCUUCCCUCCCUCCUUAGGCCGGCCCGCGGCCAUACCCACACGCAAAGCCAUACCCAUAAUUUCCUGCAGCCCGUCGGGGCAGUGGAAGACUGAUGGCGGGACCAGAGGGCAUUCGCCCCCACCCUGCCACCGAGGCAGCCACUGCAGGGGGGGGCUCUAGGCGGGAAGUUUUUGCAGGGAGAUGAGGGAUAAAGGCGAAAGUUCGCGACCGGGAUACCGAUCAUAAAUAUAUAUAAGAUGAAGAGAGAAUAAAUAGGAACAUAUAGAUA